CAUGCCACAUAUCUCUUUCUUGGUUCGGUUUCAGUAUCAUUACUGUGGUCUGAAGUGCGGUCGCAGUGUGUACCCCACGAACCGCUGAGUUCGUGCAGCACCACACGGUUUGAGUAUGACUGCAGCGACUGUACCGCCUUCUGGAAGUGCGACCGCGGGCGGUGGAUCAACGCCAAAUGUGUGCCGGGCAUGGCCUUCCACCCACGGCUCAAGACCUGCGUUGAGACUGCCAUGGUGUCAUCGUGUUGGGGACAAGCAGUCCAAGCGGCAUCUAAUGGAGUUGCAAGCCGGAACAAACGACAAGCCACAGAAAACUGCAACACAGCAAUAGAAUGUCCUCAGAACGUGAGGACAAUGUUCAUUCCAGACUUCAACGACUGCAACCAUUUCUACGUCUGCAACUAUGGCCAGCUUGAAGACCACUUCUGCAGACAAUAUGGCUUCCAGUACUACAACCCUAAGAAUAUAAACUGCGAGGUCGGCACGGAGUUGGCAAGCACACCCGCACCGACAGACAACAUCUGUGUGAAUCGCGUUUAACACUCUAAUAACCGAGUCUCCACCACGACGGUUGUAGUAUAGGUGUAAAUACAAAAAAUGCAAUUUAAUUAAAUUAUAUUAAUUUAUUGAUCAA